AUGGAGAGCGCGGCGCCGGGCGCGCCUCCUGCGCCGCCUCGGGGCACGUGCCCGGGGAUGUGCCCGGCCGAGGAGUUCGCGCGCCGGCGGCGCCAGGGCCGCCUGCACGGGCUGGAGCUGGGGCCCCCUCCGGAGCGGCGCCCGUCGCCGUCGCGGGCCGUGAAGGAGUACUCGCGGCCGGCCGCCGGCAAGCCCCCGCCGCGGCCCGAGCAGCUGCGCCCGCCGCCCGUGCUGCUGGCCACGGUGCGGCACCUGCUGGCCACGGGGGGCGAGGAGGGCGAGGGGCGCGCGGCGGCGGCGGCGGCGGCCGAGCGCUGCGCCUUCGUGGCGGACCGGCUGCGCGCCGUGCGCCUGGACCUGACGCUGCAGCGGGUGUCGGGCCGGCCGGGGGCGGCGCUGCUGGAGCGCGCGCUCGUCUACCUGCUGCACGCCGGCGCGCGCCUGGCCGCCCGCGGCGACGCGCACCUGCACCGCGCCCAGGUGCAGGAGACCUUCGCCGCCCUGCGCCGCGCCUACCGCCCGCAGCAGCCGCCGCAGCCGCAGCAGCCGCGCCCCGACGACGACGACGACGAGGCCCCCGCGGCGCAGCCCCGCUUCCAGGCGCUCUUCCUGCUCUACAACCUGGGUUCACCGGAAGCACUCUGGCAGAUCCUCCAACUCCCAGAUGAUAUCCGAGGGUCCCCCGAACUCUGCACGGCCCUGGCCGUCAACUGGGCCUUCUUGGAGCGAAAUUUCGCCCGCUUCUUCCGCCUGGCCCGGGCGCUGCCCUACCUACAGAGCUGCGCCCUGCAUCAGCACCUGGGGAGAGCACGCCGCCUGGCCCUGCUCACCUUCAGCCACGGCUUCAGCGCCAGGAACUGCCGGUACCCCCUGGCUCAGCUGGCCCAGCUGCUGGCCACGGACACGCUGGAGGAGGCCGCCGACCUGUGCCGGGCGCACGGCUUGGCCAUGGGAGACGGCGACGUCGUUGUCUUCCAGAAGGGCUCCUUCAGGGACGCAGGGACGCUGGACCACAAGCCGUCGCGGCUGCUUGUGGAUGGGAAAUGGGGCAAGACGACACUGCUGGAGCUUUCAGAAGAUGUCUGCAGCUCGUGGGGACAUGUGUGAGCAGACGGCGCCUCGGCUCUGGUUUCCCCACCUGAUCUGGGAAGUGGGAUAAGCCGUGGGCGUCUCCCCUCCCUCAGCGAGACCGUGGCUGGCGCCCUAUAGGCAGCCAAAGCGGGGCUGAGAACGGGUUGUACUAUUUUAUGCCACCGCCUGGACCCUAAAAUAAUCUUCAGAGGCCGUUCUCCAAGGAUGCCCCCGGCAAACGAAGUGAAGCAGGUGACUACUCCGGAGAGGGCCUUUUCCGUGGUGGCUCCCCGGUUGGGGAAUGCCGAUGUCGUGGUCCAUUCGGGGCUAGGUGAAGGCCUUGUUCUCUCCCCAGGCUUUUAAAGUCCUGGGAAAUGGUGUCAGCGUGCUUUUACAGCCUUGUGCUGCAGCUGGCUUGUUUUCGACUUCGGUUUUAUUCUGUUUUUAAGGUUUUUUUUUUUUUUAAUUAUUGUAUUUGGUGGUUUUAAGUUCGGUGUGGGGGACCGCCCAGAGAGCUUCUGCUAAAGGGCGGUGAAGGAAGGAAGGAAGGAAUUCUGCAGGUGCCACAUUUAAAUACUGCCCUCCACAACAAACCUCUCCCUGUAAGUAGAAAGCUAGCACAUCAGGGAGAGACGAUCCAGCAAAGUUCUUUGGCUCCUCUGCUGGUUUCCUUUCUGUGCAGAGUUCUUCACGGAGGGCGGGGGGCAUUCAAAAAUGUGACACACCCCUGAGUCAGAAGUAGUACAACGCAUUCUUUCCCCUCCCACCCCAGUUCUGCUGCGUGCAUAGUUGGGUCUUUGCUCCUUUCGCAGAGGCGCUGUGCCAUGAUGCCUCUUGCAACGCGUUUGGUUAGCCCGAAGUGGCUUAUGUCUCACUGGGGCAACUCUGCAACUAAAAAUCCAGGGGGUGUUUGCAGAUCCGGAAGGCAGAGCGGCGUUAAGGCCAGAACUUUUGAGAAGGAGGCAUAGGCAGCUGAAACGGCCUUGUCUGGGCGCAUUCAUUCACACGCUCUGUAUGUGCGGGGCGCCUCUGUUUCCUUAGUGCGUGGUUGCGGGAGAGUAUUUGUACUCCCUGAAAGCAGCCAAUCCUAAACUUGUUAGGGUAAAAGGAAUAAAAACGCCUCCCUUCUGGAUCCUUGUUCUCCCCCUCCACCCCCAUCUUUCCUUUGGGCCAAGAGAUCAAGUUUUUCAGAUGAAAUGCUCAUCUACCUUAACAUGGUCCAUGCUGGCUGUGGCUGAUGGGAUUUGGAGUCCCCCCCCAAAAAAAAUGCCUGGUGGGCCACAGGUUCUGCACUGACUGGCAACUCUCCAGGGCUUCAGAAAGGGUCCUUUCUCAGCUCUACCUGGAAAUGGAAUCAGUUGGCCUUAUGCACACAACGCAGGUGUGCAACACUCGGAGUGGCCCAAGGCUAGGGGUGGCUGGUGGCUUUGAUGCCAGUGAGGUGGUGAAUCCGCUCCGGGUUUCAAUUACAACUGGUCAGAAUUCUAAAGGGUCUAUCUAAGGUGUAAAGUGUUCGGACCGGUUCGGACCGAAACUCAGAGCAGAUGCACUGCCCAGCUGACAUCGGAGUCACCAGCCUCCACUCUGUAGAGAAGACUUUCUACGUCCUGACACAGAAGGCUGAACUGCGUGCGAAUUGGGAGGUGCGGGGCGGAAUUCCUCAUAGGUAGAAGAAUUGGAUGCUGAGGUCCGGUUGAGUUGUCCCGUGACCACGGUGGAGGAAUAUGUGGCAAUUCUCCGUGAUAGCGUCUGUGAGUUCCUAAGGGAUUUGGGAAGAGGGAGUCCGGUUGGACCACUCCGGCAAAGUGUGGGAGCUCUGUUAAUGCCGUUUAAUUAUGUGUGUUGUUAUGAACCUGUUUCUUAGUUGGUGCUAUUUGUAGCCUUCGCCAAAGUGCAAGACGGAGCCAGUGCUGGGUUUCUUCUUUUCAAAUAUCGUGUGACAGUUCUCUGGCUUCCUCCUGCGGAAAUCUCAGCUGCCGAUGCCAACGAAAUAAAACCCUUGCUCAGUUGCCUCAGUGGGUGGAA